ACCAGUUUUGUCUUAGACCCAUUUGCGGAAAAAUCGUGCCCAGUUGCAGAGUUUGGUUCAGAUGAGUCAUUCAGAAGAAGGUUGCUCUAAUGGAGACGAGAAGAAGUACAACGGAGUACGUCGCCGGAAAUGGGGUAAGUGGGUGUCGGAAAUUCGAGUCCCCGGCACAAGAGACCGGUUAUGGUUGGGGUCAUACUCUACGCCGGAAGCAGCUGCAGUGGCCCACGACACUGCUCUCUUCUGUCUGCGAGGUCCCUCGUCGGCGGGACAUCUCAAUUUCCCAAUUCUCCUUCCGAGGAUCCUACAGGCCGACAUGUCGCCCAGGUCCAUACAGAAGGCAGCAUCCGCUGCAGCACUGGCGGUUGAUGCUCAACUGACCAAAAAGUUGCCGGAAAAUGAGAAGCCUGUAGAGAAUGACGAAAUAACUCCUUAUCUUGAUCAGACCCAAAUCUGGGACGACAAAUACGUUCAUUCUGAGAUGAAUGAAGGAAGCUCCUCCGUCGAAGGCGAGGCCUUGAGCAUUUCCGUUGAAGACAUGGAGAUAUAUCUCUAGAUUCUAGCCGUUUGAGUCUUAUACUUUGGAAACUUCUGUGUUCUUUGCCAUGCCACAGGACUGACUUUACCAAGAAAUCAGUUACGUACUUUCUUAUUUGGGUUUCUGGAUUUCUGAUCGUAAUUAGCGUCUCCCCCGUCUCUUGGAUAGACCAUAGAUGUAUUAGUGACCAAGGAAAUUGGUCAGUUUGAGCUGGAUUGAAGCCACAAUCAAAUACCUUACUAUACGAGUUAAAGGAUAACAAAGAAAGAACACAAGAACUUCCAGUUUCAUUGAAAUGGAAUUG